AUGAAUGUUUGCAAAUCGAUGGAAAACACGUAAGAACGUCGUGUCAAGGCACUCCGUGAAUUUGAAAGAAAUUCGAAGAAAAAAAAACAGUCUGCCUCCGCGAGUCACUUCUAGACACGCAAAGUGACUCGUACUUUUUCCUUCUUUCUUUUUUUCUUUUUCAGUGUUUGUUGCAACGCCUAUGCGAAAGUUCAUGCGAAAAAGAGAGAAUUAUUGCUCCUCUUUAUCCCUCGCGACUUUCUUCGUCGCAAAGUUGCGUUGCUAUGUAUAAAAUCUUUCUGAAUUUUGGUUCGCCAGUUCACAGAACAGCAACGAGGCCUUCGUACGAGAAGUACAGAAGCUGCCGAGAGAAAGGAGAACGAAAAGAACGAAAAGAACGACGUACAGUUGCGACGACUGCAAAUACGAAAGUAAUCGACAGUUCAACGUCCAACGUCACAAGGAGAGGAUCCACUCGAAGAAAAAGACGAACAUCUGUUGCGGUGAGAGCUUUUUCACGAAAGGUGACUAUUACGUUCACUGCGAGCGAUCCCAUCCGGCGACCAGGUCUCACGCGAUCAUCUCGAGAACCAAGUACAAAAUCAUCAACGACGUGGUGCCGAUGAUCAACGAUCGGAACGAUCGACAGAGCGUCAACCACUCGUACAACGUGCGAUCAAGAUCGAGGAGAUUUCGCGUGAAGGAUCAGGUGAAGGCGGAAGUAAGCUUGAAGUACUCGGUGAAUUGCAGCGAGUUCGACAUAGAGGACAUACCUCUGAUAACUUUCCUCACCGAUCGUCCACUCGGCGAGCAGUUGUCCUCCUUGCCGAAGCUACUGGCCAAAGCGAGCGAGAAGCCGAGCAGCCGGGACAACAAGCAAACUGUAAAGAUCGCGAUCUCGUCGGGGCAAAACAUCGAAAAGACGAUGUCGGCGAACAAUGCUACGGCGAACGAACGAGUUCGGACGAAAGUUUCCUCGCUUUCGCUCGAGUUGCCGACGAAGAAGCUUAUUUUGCACCGGUUCAGGUCCAGCGAGUUUCAGGCUCCUUUGCAGCAACAGAGUGCUAAUAUCGAUCGUAAUGGAGCAAAUUUAGCGGAAAAGACGAAGGAGAAAAAGACGGCAGCGGCGACGGGCAAAAUUAAACGGCAGAAGCAAACCGGCAAGUUCAAGCGUGCCGUAGCGAUCCACGCUAAGGAUAAGGAGAAUGUGUUCGCAUUCAGCAUGGAGCAACAAUUGAAUAUAGAAUUGAACACAAAGUUCGAGCUGUCUGCGUCGAGAUUGUUCGAAGCACGCCGAUUUUGA